AUGACCACAGCAAUUUUAUACUCAAAGCUCAACUAUGACUCGAACUACAAGUUGAUACAACUGACUCCAGAGAUUUUUGGUGCACUUUAUGCCAAAAAAACCCUCGAAUUCAAAGCUACAGAUCCUGAGCAGCCUGUUGUUCUCUGCUCUGAAGAUACAACGUGGAUUCUUAAGCAAAAGAAUCAUUCUAAUACAGUACUAUUAAUGAAAGAAGUUGGCUCACAUAUUAAUUCAUCUACGCCGAAUGCUCUGAUAGAUAAGGCCCAACUAUGUACCCAUCAUCUAGGAUUCACAAAACUUGACUCUGAGUUAGAGCCAAGACUGACCGAGGGUCAGAUAAACUUCACAUCAUUGCCUAUUUAUAAUGGUGACAAAUCAGAGUUUUUAAACAAUACGAAAGAUAGAAGCCUGACAUAUUGGUCUCUUGAGAAUGUAAAAAGGUGCUCUCCAUGCUCUGAGCGGGAAUUUAAUAAUAAAUGGCAUUCAAUUGGCGGUUGUGUAAUAAAUGGGUAUGCGUGCUUAUUAUCCCAUGACUUUAUAUCAAGAACACUUCAUAUCAUGCUGAUGAGCUGCAUGGCGGAAAAUUUAGCGCUCGAUGAAAUGGAAAUAGAUAGAACCUUCGAAGCAGUGAAAAAAGACAUUGAUGAUACCGAUAGCAACAUCACCUUCACGAAGGAAAUGAUUGCAACAGUUAUCGGCAAAUUUUGCACGCCUUGUGGCUCAACUACGUGGAAACUGGAUGAGAAGUUAGUUAGUGUUUGGUAUGGCAUUAUUGCGCUUAAAAAAUUUGCAUCUUCGCGCAUGAUAUCUGAAGAUGAGUUUAUGAUAAAAUGGAAAUCACAAUUCCCCCCAUACUUUUCGUGCAAUCUCGAUUUUUCAGUUCUUCGGGGCCAUUUUUACCGUCCUCUUGGAUCUGGAGUACAGUACUUAUCAGUCAGCACUCUGCCGAAUGACGUGAGAGAUAGAUUCAAGCACCUGUUCAAAUUGCAGUCAACUUGGGAACUUGAAGAAAUUGAACCUUACAUCAAGGGAUUAAAUAUCAAAGGUUUAAAAAUCGACAGUUUCGUGAUGAAAUACGCAAGAAGAAGAAAACAAGGGAAGCGCACUUUGGUAAGCAGUAGAUAG